AUGAAUCAAGAAGACAUAUUUUUAAAAAAGCAGUGGUUCAUUAAGUCUUGUGAGGGGAAGAUUGAAUAAUAUUAUGAUAUUAACCUCAAGAAGGUGAUUGGGUCUGGAACGUAUGGAAGCGUUGUAAAGGCGGUAUUAAAGGGCACGAAACAAUAACGUGCAGUUAAGGUGAUUCCAAAGAGCAAGGUGAAGAAUCCAGAGCGAUUCAAAAGGGAAAUCGAUAUUCUCAGAGCCAUGGACCAUCCCAACAUCAUAAAAUUGUAUGAAACUUAUGAAGAUCAGAGAAAUGUAUAUUUAGUGACAGAGUUAUGUGAGGGUGGUGAAUUAUUCGACAGGAUUAUGGAUAAAGGGUAUUUUAAUGAGGCUGAAGCUCAUGCUAUAUUUCUGCAAAUAAUACAAGCUUUAAAUUAUUGCCAUUCAAAUGGUAUCUGUCAUCGAGACUUGAAACCUGAGAACUUUUUAUUCCUGACCAAAGCAGACGACUCUCCACUCAAGGUUAUUGAUUUUGGGUUAAGUAUUUUAUUUGAAGAUGGCCAAACAAAACCUGGGGCUUAGAAAGUAUCAAUGAAGACCAAGGCAGGAACUCCAUAUUACAUAUCACCUGAAGUUCUGAAGGGUAAUUAUGAUGAAUUGUGUGACAUCUGGUCGGCUGGUGUGAUAUUAUAUAUUUUAUUAUCUGGUGUCCCUCCAUUUUAUGGGGAUACCGAUCCAGAGAUCUUAGAAUCUGUUUAAAAGGGAGUUUAUACAACAGAUAUUCCAGAAUUUAAAUUUGUUAGUGACGGUGCAAAAGAUUUGAUUGCAAAUAUGAUCACAACCCCCGACAAAAGAUUCAAGGCCUCACAAGUGUUGCAACAUAAAUGGAUGAAGGAGAAGAACAAGCCAAACAAAGAAUUGAAAUUAAAUUACGGAGCAUUAAAAAAUUUCACUGGAAGCAACAAGUUGAAGAAAGUAGCUUUGACAUUUAUUGCUUCAUAAUUAAAUGAAUAGGAAAUUUCUCACUUGGGAAAAUUGUUUAAACAACUAGAUAAAAAUGGGGAUGGAGUCUUGACCAUUGAAGAAAUCAGAGAAGGUUUGACAGGGAUGAGUGACGAUUAAUCAAAGGAAUUGGCAAACAUUAUCAAAAGCAUUGACACUGAUGGAAAUGGCAAUAUCAAUUACACAGAAUUCUUGGCUGCUACUAUGGAGAAAUAGUUGUAUAUGAAGGAGGAGAAAUUAUAUCAGGCCUUUAAGAUGUUGGAUUUGGAUGGGAGUGGCAAGAUCGAUAAAAAAGAAUUGCAAUAAGUUCUUGGAAAGGCCGAAAAGAUAAUAAAUGAGAAGUAUUGGGAUGAUAUGAUUAAAGAGGCUGAUAAAAAUGGAGAUGGAGAAAUUGAUUACAACGAAUUCAUUGAAAUGAUGGAUAGAUUCAGUUUAAUGAAUUGACAAACAUAUUAUAAUAUGCAUCAAACAAAUAUUAUUAAUACAAUUAAA